AUGUCCACGAAAGUAUCCUCUGAUGCUGGCCCACCAGUCCAAGGUUCUAGUUUCCAGUACUCAUUACUGCCGGAGAAGAAGGCAGUGAUUCGUCUUCUAGAACUUCUUCCAGGCGACCCCGAUGGCAAGAUUCGAUGUGAGCUCCUGGAUUUCGAGCUCAAAGAUAUUGAUCAGAAGUCAUAUGAAGCACUCUCUUAUGUUUGGGGGGAGGGAAAAGGCUCGACCGAAAUCACUGUCAGCAACGAGAGAAUGACGAUUCGACCGAAUCUGCACUUGGCAUUACAAUCCCUUCGAAACCAGGAUUCUACCCGAACGUUCUGGAUAGAUGCAAUCUGUAUUGAUCAGAAUAUCAAUAAAGAGAGAGGCCAUCAAGUAAAUUUAAUGAAGAGCAUUUAUCAAGGAGCAACAGAGGUGGUCGUUUGUCUUGGAGAAGACACCAAACAAACCAACAUUGCCAUGGAGUCCCUAAAUUAUCUUGGAGAUAUUAAAUCUCCCUUGAGAAUCAAUGUCUAUCGUCAAGAAGCAAUUGAUGGCUUUCAAUAUCUUCUCCAAAGACAAUGGUACCAGAGAGCCUGGAUCGUCCAGGAAAUUGCUCUUGCCCGCAGCGCUACCAUCAUGUGUGGGAAGAAGUCGGUCUCAGCAGGGAUUUUUUCAUCUCUCUCCUGGAUGCUUGAAAAAUCCGUUGAGAUAUCUCCAAUCGAGCCUCUACUAAAUGUUAUGCCCUGAUUCUUAAGAGAGA